CGACAGCGCGCUUGCGUGCUCGAUGCGCUGUAUUCGCGUUCGCGCUCGCGCUCAUGCUCGCGAGUCGCGGCACGCGAUCGGCGCGCACACAACGCCGCGCGACGUUGUGUCGUGUGUGUCCAACGUGUUGGCUCGCGUUACGACUCAUCCUGUCCUUUUUUUCCCUCGUUUUUUUUCCCUUCCUUCCUCUCCUCCUUUUCUUUUUUCUUUUUUUAUUCUAUACCCUAACGAUUCGUUCGAACCAUCGUCCUUUUGAUUUUUUCUCCUUGGAUCCUAUCUCCGCCCACACCGGAAAUUCGCUCUCGCCACGGACGUUCUCUCGCGGCGCUAUUCGAAAGUGUCUUUCUUUUUUAUUAAUUAUCUCGUCCCGACGCACACGUGUUUGUGUGCCGUGCCUCUACGAACAACUAUCUCUCUCUCUCUCUCUUUCUCUCUCUCUCUCCCUCUUUCUGUCUCUCUUUCUUUCUUCCUCACACUUAUACGUGUUUCUUUCUCUUUCUUUAUCUUUCUUUUUCUUCUUUUUGCCUUUCUCUCUCGCUCUCUACGUGUACGAGUAAAUGUUAUCUGUACCUUCGUCAGAGAGAAGGCACUCAUGGGUUUCAGUCGCGCUAUUGGAAUGCACUUAAUCCGGUCGAGGCCCCCUGCGAUGUGACAGGUAUUUCACCUGAUAACACGUGAUUUCAUCUACGGCGUUCCACUGUUUCAGGGUUGAUACGCUCGAAACGACUAGAUUCUACCUGAGAGUCAUGCUAUUAUGGACAUCAGCGGCGGCAGUAACGGUAGCGGCGCAAGUAGCAGCCACAGUAACUGUGGUCCUCUGACGAUUACCGACGUUGGCAACAAUAAAAAUUGCCAACCAACUAAACAACAACACGGCAACAACGGACGUUUACAAAGUGUUCGAAAGAUGAGCACGAUGCAUGAAGAAGAGGAUGGUUCGGACGACGUCGAUCCGGAUGUCGUUAAAAGUGCCCAGCAGCAACAAUAUCAUCAUCCUCAUUCUCAUCAUCAUCAUCCUCAUCAUCAUCAUCAUCAACAGCAGCAGCAGCAGCAGCAGCAGCAGCAGCAGCAGCAUCAUCAGCAUCAGAAUCAGCAUAAUCACCUUAUUCACGGUCAUCAUCGAGAGUCACAGCAAGAUGUCGAUUCAGAUUCACCGUGCGAGGAGAGGGGUCGGCUUUUGAGUUCCGCUGGCUCUUCCAGGAAGGCUAGGAUCAGCCAAGCCAAGAUUCUCACUGGAUACGAUCCCGAACUCAGAUUAGGUUCCAGCGGACAUAGCGGCAGUACCGACAGUGUUCACGACAGGUCUCAACCGAGACUUCAUCAAUCGAGACCGAUCAUAUCGAACGAGCAGUCGGGAAGAAGCACUCGUGGCGUCGAUCAUCACGUUACUCGUCAUCAUCGUUAUCCAAGUAUGCGUUCGUUGAAAUCAAACGCCACGAUGGACGAACACCAUCAUCAUUAUCAUCAACAUCAACCACCAGCCGCUAGCUGGGCCUCAAUCGUUUUUUCUGAUGGCAACGGCCAGGUUGGUCGUCCAUUCACCGAUUCCGUUUCCAUACGCUCUCUAGCAUCGAUCGGCAUGGGCUCUUCUGACGGGCGGAAGCUCACGAUACGUAGAGUUCCUACUUCGCCGUCGGAGCUUCUUAACUUGGUACAUCCGCCGCCCUCCAUCGAGGAUGAUCUAUCCACGUGUACGAGUUACGACGAUGGCGAAGGCGAGGAUCCUGGAGAUUAUCGACAACCUAGAAGACCACAUUGGGCUAAUAAAGUUCAAUUCGUCCUUGCUUGUAUCGGUUACUCAGUUGGCUUAGGAAAUGUUUGGAGGUUUCCUUAUUUGUGUUACAAAAGUGGUGGUGGAGUAUUUCUGGUACCUUACUUCCUAAUCCUCGUUGUUUGCGGAGUACCGUUAUUAUACAUGGAACUCAGUAUAGGACAAUUUACAAGACGAGGACCGAUCGGUGCCCUUGGUCAAAUAUGUCCGCUCUUCAAAGGAGCCGGAUUAUCAUCAGUGGUGAUAUCUUUUCUAAUGUCGACCUAUCACAAUGUGAUUAUAGCAUACGCUAUAUAUUACUUUUUCGCUGCGUUCAGAGCCCACCAACCAUGGUCAGAUUGUGAUAAUUCGUGGAACACAGCUGCCUGUUGGUUGCCAAUUAAUGGUUUCGUUGAUAAUCGAACUCGUCUCAAUGCCUCAAAGACACCGUCCGAAGAUUUUUUCGAUAACAAAGUCCUUCAGAUCAGUAGCGGCAUCGAGGAACCUGGAGCACUGAGGUGGGAACUCGUAGCUUGUCUGAUAACAGCCUGGAUCAUGGUAUACUUCUCAAUUUGGAAAUCUAUCAAAUCAUCGGCACAAGUAAGGUAUCUCACGGCAACACUACCGUUUCUUCUAAUUGUCGUCUUUCUUACACGGUCCCUCACCCUCGAAGGUGCCGACAAGGGCCUUCAAUUUUUCUUCCAUCCACGCUGGGAACUACUUGGCGACGCAAAGGUAUGGAUCAACGCCGCGGCACAGAUAUUCAACUCCGUCGGUAUCGCAUUCGGUUCGAUGAUCUGCUUCGCUAGUUACAACAAAUUUCACAAUACCAUUCUAGUGGAUACCGUAGCGGUUUCUCUGAUUAAUGCGUGUAGCAGCUUGCUCGUUGGGAUCUUUUCGUUCGCGACAAUCGGGAACAUCGCAAGAGAACAAAACAUGUCUGUCGAAGCGGUACUUAGCGACGGACCUGGUCUAGUAUUCGUCAUCUAUCCGCAAGCUCUAGCCAAGAUGCCAGCGUCUCAACUCUGGGCUGUAUUAUUUUUCUUCAUGAUGGUAUGCCUUUCACUGAACAGUCAGUUCGCUAUAGUCGAAGUCGUAGUGACAUCGAUUCAAGAUGGAUUUCCAAAUUGGGUUAAACGUCGUCUACUCUGCCACGAGAUGUUGGUACUUGUGAUAUGCGUUGUUUCUUUCCUCUUUGGAUUACCCAACAUCACGCAGGGAGGAAUUUAUUUCUUUCAACUAAUAGAUCACUACGCAGCGUCUCUCUCGAUCAUGUUUUUAGCUUUCUUCGAAGUCUUUGCCAUAUCUUGGUGUUACGGCGUUCGAAGAUUAUGUAACAAUGUCAAGGAAAUGACUGGGAGAGUACCUUCCAUGUAUUUUCAAUUUUGUUGGCUCGUAGCGGCACCCCUUCUCAUACUGGCUGUAUGGGUUUUCAGUUUGAUCGACUAUGAACCACCAACUUAUCGAAACGGUGAAUACGAAUAUCCAUGGUGGGCGGAAGCUAUAGGUUGGGGUAUAGCAUCUCUUUCUUUGAUUUGCAUUCCAGCUUUUGCCAUCUACGUGUUCAUUAAAUCCGACGGCAAUACUUUCUCCGAGAAAUUAAAGAACUCCAUCAAGCCUCACUUUGAAGCGUGCAAACUUUGCGGACAGGAAUAUUGCCAGGAACCUAUGCACAAUCUAGAGGAAGAAACGGCGAAGGAUCCACAACAGGAUAUGAUUAAUCCAAUUCAAUUAAAUGCGAAUUAUCUUCUCUCGAAACCACAAUCAUGAUGUCAUGUAAACAUAUUUUUGAAAUAAUUUCAUGAAUCAUCGAAUCGAUCGAGAUCGCAAUCGUUGUGUAUAUAUAUAUAUAUAUAUUCACACUAAACGAGAUGAUGCAUAAAUACUCUCGAGGAAUCUUUAUCGAUCAAAUCGAGCAAAUGCAUCUUCUUAUCUCCAAGCUAAAUGCGUCAUUUGAAAAUAAACCCAUCGAUAUCUAAGAUCAUCGAUCAUUCAUUUAUAUUUGCAUUUCAUCUUUUAAAUCGGGAGGAAAAAGUAUAAUGUUGAUUUUUAGAAAAAUAAUUACAAGCAGUAUAAAGAAAAAAAAAAUCGAUAAAUGAAUUUCUUACAAUAUCAAAUUUCGAGUGAUGGGACGAUUGCAUUUACAGCCUUCGAUAACUUGCUUCGUGUAAAACUCAUUUCGUUAGAAAUAAAAAUAGAUAACACUUAAUGAAUAAAUUUUUGUAACAUGAAUAGUUAGAUGCGAUAUUACGACAGUAAAACGAGAGAAAAAGGAAAAAAAAAA